AUGCAAAUUGGAACUGGUCACCGGCGACAUUAUCCGUCAGGCGACCGAUGCCAUCGUCAACGCAGCCAACAGUCGGCUCGCCGGAGGUGGGGGUGUGGACGGCGCCAUCCACCGCGGCGGCGGUCCCAGCAUCAUGGAAGAGACACGGCGACACUAUCCGCAAGGCUGUCCAACGGGCGACGCGGUCGUCACCGGAUCCGGCAAGUUGCCGGCACGAUGCGUCAUUCAUACCGUAGGACCAGUUUGGGAAGGCGGGCAGAAUCAGGAGAAAUCCUUGCUGGCAAGCGCGUACCGGCGCAGUCUCGAAGUCGCCGGCGCCCAGCAAUGCGCCAGCAUCGCCUUCCCUUCGCUUUCAACCGGCGCCUAUGCCUACCCAUUGCAACAAGCCGCCCGCAUCGCAUUGCACACCGUGGCCACCUAUCUGCGGCUGCAUGGCCGGCCGGAUAUGGUCCGAUUCGUCCUUUUCGACGACCGAACAUACGAGGCGUAUGCGGACGCGCUCGCCGCUACCCUGAGCGAAAAUCGUUGCCGAUAGCCGCAUGGUGUGCUAUCUUUGCAAGACACUUGUACACACCUUUAUCCACAUUAUGA